CGCUGCUCCACUCGGCCUUAAAGCGCCGCCUGACUCAACGCACUCCCUCGUCUCUCUCCACCACACCCCGUCGCAGGCGAGCCCCUCCUCCGGCUCACUCGGCGCACCCACCUCGCCCCAUCCCACCCCUCCACACGCGCUUGCCCAGCAUGGCCCGCGCCACCUUCGCUGCUGCGCGUCUCUGCGCCCUCGUCCAGCUGGCCCUGGCAGUCGCCGCCCUCUCCCUCGUGCCCUCGGCCGCCGCCGCCAACAGCCACGUCGAGGCGCUCAGUGCCGCACAGCAGGCCGCUGCCCACUCGCACCGCCGCUCGCUCAACUUUGGCGUCAGCCACGAUGCGCAGCUCCACUCGGCCGCCACGGCGCACAGCGCCGAGCACGCGUCGCUCUUCGGCGGCGCCACGACGCUGCUGCACGCCGUGCCCGAGCACAUCACCGAGCCCUACGCCGUCGCCACGCACCUCGCCGAGCUGGCGCUGCGCCCCACCUCCUGGCGCGCCGCCAUCGCAAACAAGAAGCGCAACAGCUCGUUCCGCGUGCGCGAGGACUCCUACACCGACGCCGAGUCGGGCCUCACCUACGUCUACCUGAAGCAAGUCAUCAACGGCAUCGAGGUGGCCGACGGCGACAUGAAUGUGGUGGUCGACGUGCACGGCCGGCCGCUCAGCUACAGCUCGUCGUUCUACACGGGCGAGCUGCCCGACGAGGCGCAGCUGGCGCAGACGAGCAGCAGCGAGGCGGGCGUGCACCAGUGUCUCUCGCGCCGCUCGCAGGUCGUCUUUGGCGUGUCUGGCGGUGCGUCGCCGUGCGCCACUGCCGCGCCUGCCGCGCACCUUGCGUCGGACGCGCGCCACGCAGCUCUGCGCUUCGUGGCCGCCGCCAGUCCCGACGCUGCGCUCGUCUCGACGCUCAGCGGCGUGCUUGGCUCGCCCGCUGCGCUCGACGAGGCAGCUGCCAGCAUCAGCGAGCAGCGUGCCUCUGCGCCGCGUGCCCACCACUCGUCGCACGCCGUCGAGCUGCGCAACGUGCCGGGCAGCACGGGUGCCGUGCUGGCGUACAAGGUCUACACGCACGACGGCCGUGGUGGCCUGCGUCUGGCGUGGCGCCUCAACGUGCCGAUGGACGCGCCUCAGGCAUCCAACUUCUACGAGGCGACAGUCGACGUUGUGACCGGCGACGUGCUCAGCGCAAACGACUGGGUCAAGGACAUGACCAUCUCCCGCCCGCAGCAACUCACGGCGCCCGACUUUGGCCCGCUCGAGCACCCCGUUGCCGAGAUGGCUGCAGAUGUGCAGGCGUCUGCCGACAAGCAGACGAAGCCGCCGCUGUACCGCGUGCUCAAGUGGGGCCUCAACGACCCGACGGAGGGCAACCGCACGACGGAGGAGGGCGUACACGACAGUCGCGCCUCGCCGUACGGCUGGCACACGGUGCCCGGCCACUCGAGCAACAAGACGUACACGAGCACCAACGGCAACAACGUCAAGGCCAGCGCGUUCGGCGCCGGCAUGGACGACUGGCAGCACACCAAGAGCGCCGAGGGCAAGGUCGUCGACGGCGCGCUGCUGUUCAACUCGACUUUCGGUUGGAGAGCCGCCAACCACGAGCAUGCCGUGCUUGACCCGGCCAAGUACGCCGACGCAUCGGUGACGAACCUUUUCUACUCGCUCAACAGCUACCACGACCUGCUGCACCGCUACGGCUUCGACGCGCCGGCCGGCAACUUCGAGGAGGCCGACAACCCGGCGGGCGGCCGCGGCGGCGACGCCAUCAUUGCCUAUGCGCAGAGCUCGGCGGGCAUCAACAACGCCGACUUUACCACGCCGCCCGACGGCUCAGCGCCGCGCGUGCGCAUGUACAAGUGGCGCACCGUCGCCAAUGCUACGGACCGCGAUGGCGACUUUGAGGCAGGCGUGAUCAUCCACGAGAUGACGCAUGGUCUCAGCACGCGCCUCACCGGCGGCCCCAGCGACUCGAGCUGUCUCGGCUGGGGCGAGGGCGGCAUGAUGGGCGAGGGCUGGGGUGACAUCCUGGCCACGAUCAUCCGCCGCAAGUCUCCCACGCGCGACAUCUACCCCAUGGGCUCCUGGGUCUCGCACAACAAGGCCGGCAUCCGCAAGUACCCCUACUCGACGAACCUGACGACGAGUCCCGAGACGUACGAGACGCUCAACGGCAUGUGGGAGCCGCACGCUGGCGGCGAGGUGUGGGCGGCGGUGCUGUACCAGCUCGAGGAGGGCUUGCGCGCCCGCCACGGAUGGCACCCCGAUCUCUUCCCGCCGCCGCCGCACGCCAGCCAGAAGACGAAGGAUGAGUUCUGGCUCAGCGACGAGGACGUCAAGAAGACGCUGCCGCUCGAGGCGGGCGGCAAGCGCGCCAGCAAGCGUCGCAUUCCUCGGCACGGCAACACGCUGGCCGUUCAGCUCAUCAUCGACGCCAUGAAGCUGCAGCCCUGUCGUCCGACCUUCCUUUCCGCCCGCGACGCCCUCCUCACGGCCGACCGCGCACUCACGGGCGGCAACAACACGUGCCUGCUCUGGAACCGCUUCGCAGACCGCGGCCUGGGCGUCUCGGCGCGUGUCAUUGGACAGACGCCGUGGGGCGGAGGCAUCCGCCACAACGACAAGAGCGUGCCGAACGGCUGCGAGAAGAGCCAUCUUUAGCAGAGUCGAGCCCUUUGUAGAUACGUCGUGCCCGCCGUGACCCCCUUCUUCAUCGAUCCUGUCUCUGAACAUCCUGUAGC